UAUUGUUUAGUUGGUAUCCUGACCCUGGGGAAGGGCUUGUGCUGUCACUAUAAAGGUGCAUGCGAAGAUUAUCUGCUGCCUGUAUUUCCUAAUAAGGUUGCACUUGCUACUAUUGCUGCUGAGUUUGCACCUGCGUUCAGUGAGGAGCCUUCGCUGCUGGAAUAAAGGUUACUUCCACAUAGACCUCCUACGAAGCAUUUAUUUUAAGAAUGAAGGUAAAGAGAAUCGUCUUGGCUUCUAGGCCUGGAAUCUACGGUGAGCCAGUGGCUGAAAAUUUCCGCCUGGAAGAAGUAAGUCUUGCAGAGGAGCUCAAGGAAGGCCAGGUCCUAGCUCGAACCCUUUAUAUUUCUGUUGAUCCAUAUCUGCGUUGCUGUAUGAAUGACGCCACAGGCACAGAUUACGCUGGUUCAUGGAAGAUCUCUGAAGUUGUAGACAGUGGUGGCAUCGGAGUGGUAGAAAAAAGUAGAUCCAACCAGUACGCUGCAGGGGAUUUAGUCACAAGUUUUAACUGGCCCUGGCAGACAAACUGUAUUCUGGACGAAAAAUCUCUGCAAAAGAUAGACCCUAAGCUUGUCAAUGGACACAUUUCACAUUAUUUAGGAGCGGCUGGCGUUGUUGGCUUGACUGCCUAUCUUGGCAUGAAGGUGAAAGGCAAUGUUACCCCAGGAGCCAAUCAGACAUUGGUUGUCAGUGGUGCUGCUGGUGGUGUUGGCUCAUUGGCUGGCCAGAUUGGUCGCCUCUUUGGGUGCUCCCGGAUCGUGGGAAUCUGCGGAACAAACGAGAAGUGCUCAGUGUUGGUUUCAGAGAUGGGUUUUGAUAGUGCAUUGAACUACAAGGACAAAGAUCUGUCUGAGAACCUGAAGAAAAGCUGCCCAAAUGGAGUGGAUAUUUAUUUUGACAAUGUUGGGGGAGAAAUCAGUGAUAUAGUUAUCAGUCAGAUGAACCAAAACAGCCAUGUUGUUUUGUGUGGUCAGAUAUCUCAGUACAAUAAUGAUAUGCUUCAUCCACCACCUCCCGCUCCCCAGACAGAAUCUAUUUUAAAGAAUCGCAACAUUACAAGGGAAAGAUUUUUGUUGUUUGAUUAUACAGACCAGCAGGAAUCUGGAGUUCUCCAACUCAGCAAGUGGUUGAGGGAAGGCAAACUGAAGACAAGCGGACAAAGGUGGGGGAUAGUCCUGCAGGAUCUAGAUGACUAUCUCAUGGAAGCCAGGAGGAUCCUGCAGGACGUAUCUUACUAUACCCACCUCACUUAUGACUCUACCACUAAGUUUCUGGCCAUUCUUAAUGACCUGAUUGAGUUUGCAUAUGGAGAAGGCAUAGUUUCCAAACAUGAAAGGGAAUAUUUAGUCCCCAAAGAACCUAACCAUGCCUUCUACUACCACCUCCCAAAGAUCCACAUGGACCCCAUUUGCCCUCCGGGUCGCCCUAUAAUAGCCGGCAUAGGGAGUUUGACAGAUAAUGUCUCUUCCUAUAUCGACUAUUUUCUUCAAAAAUAUGUUUCAGGAUUAGAAUCUUAUAUUCGAGAUUCAGCGGAUCUCAUUAAGAAACUGGAAUCACAAGAGAUCACACAAGAUCUUCUGUGGAUCACUUGUGAUGUCUAG